AUGCCGGAACCGUUCAACUCCACCAUGCCUCUCCCUUCUCCUCCUAACGCACAACCCAAAGAUGAAAAGGUUGGGCUUCAAGACUCCAACCAACCACCGGAAAUGUCAGCGUCCUCAGAGAAGAAACAUCCUGAAAAUGAAAACCGGCAAUCGCAGCAGAAUUUGCGUCCAACCGAGUCAGAAAACAAUGAGCCGUACUCUGUUCAUAGCUCCAGCGCCAAAAAACUAAUGGUCUUAGCUGCGUCACUUGCUGGGUUUUUCUCGCCUUUGUCGGCCAGUAUAUACUAUCCUGCAUUGCCGGCGAUUGAGAAGGCCUUGAAUGUAUCCAGUACACAGGUCAAUUUGACAGUCACCACGUAUUUGAUUCUACAAGGCUUAGCACCGAUGGUAACUGCCAGUUUCAGCGACAGUGCUGGACGUCGGCCUGGUUACGCAAUAUGUUUUAUAGUCUACCUCGCUGCGAAUCUGGGCCUCGCGUUGCAAAAUAGCUAUGCCGCAUUAAUGGUAUUACGAGCACUACAAUCAGCUGGGAGUAGCGGAGCCAUAGCCAUCGCGAACGGUGUCGUCAGUGACAUUAUCACACCGCAAGAACGUGGUAGUUAUAUUGCGUUUGCCUCCGUUGGAUCCAUCCUGGGACCUUCCCUAUCACCCAUCAUUGGAGGUCUGUUUGCCGAGUAUACGGAUUGGCAUUGGAUUUUCUGGUUCCUGUUGAUCUUUAGCGGUGCAUUCUGUGUUCCCUUCUUUCUCUUCUUCCCGGAAACUUGUCGUAAGAUUGUGGGUAAUGGGAAAGGGGUACCGCCAUUCUGGAAUCGCAAUCUACCAGAUAUAUUGCGCGCACGAAAGGAGAAGCAAAGGCAACAACGCGCCGAGAAUGAAGAAGAAAAUGCUAAUCGGCAACGUUCCCGUCUAUCCAUUCCAAACCCCUUGAAAGUCUUCGUCGUUUUCACCAACCUUCAAACCGUCAUGACGCUCUGCCCUGCCGGUGUGGCAUUCGGAAGCUACUAUGCUGUUUUGACAGGCGCCUCGGGUGAAUUCACAAGGGUUUACCACUUCAGCGAGAUCAAAGUAGCUCUCAUAUUUCUACCCAUGGGUGUCGGCGGAUUGAUUUCAGCUUUAUCUACAGGUAAACUGGUGAAUUGGAAUUUCCACCGUCACGCGCGCAAACGUGGUAUCAUGGUUGCUCGAAACCGGAGACAGGAACUACUCAAUUUCCCCAUCGAGCGAGCCAGGCUAGAGAUUGCCCUUCCAGUGUUUUGUCUUGGGUGCGUCUGCACUGUGCUCUAUGGCUGGUUGAUGACUCAAGAUGUGAACGUAUCUGGCCCAAUCAUUCUACUCUUCGUUAUGAGUUGGUCCUUUGCCGCAUUUUACCAAGUUCUCAACGUCUUAUUAGUCGACACCUAUCCCGGCCGAGGAGCGAUGGUGACUGCAGUCGUAAACCUGCUUAGAUGUGAGAUUGGUGCUGGUAUGGCGGCAAUGAUCAGUCCGUUGACCAGCGCUACUGGUUCUGGGUGGUCGUAUACGAUUAUUGCCUUGAUUGGGGUUGCUGCCACUAGUCCGUUGCUGCUAACGAUGAAGUAUGGGAUGAAAUGGAGACAAGAGAGUGCAGCAAAAGCAGAAGAGAAGAAGAGUAGAAUGCAGGAGGCGCAGCAAAGACAGGAGGUUUAGAGGGUGCUCAUCCUUGGAAGAAUACAAAUGCGUUCAUUCUUUCAUCUGUUCAGUAAAGCGCUUUUAUAUUUCAACGUUAGUUUCAUGAUUGUGAGUACAUGCGAUUUUCACAUUCAUCUAUUCUUACAGUGCAUUCUACAACUUCAAUAUGAUGCUUAGUUUCUCCCCCGAGGAU